UGCUCUUGUCUUCCCGCUGCAGCCCGAAAAAAAAAAAGAAGAAAGGGAACCCAGCCAUGCCUUGGGAAACCGGUAGAAAGCUUGGUUUUUGGCCUUCUUUUCUUGCUCUAGAACCUGAUUGGAACCCAGAAAUUCUCCCCCCUGCAGAAAGCUUUCGGAUCUGCCUUGCUCUGCUCCUCACCGUCCGGCUGCUCCUGCUUUUUGGGUGUGAUUUGUUCGGUUUUUUGGUAAGAAAUAGCCAUGAAUCUCCCUUCUUCAGCUUUAAUUGCCUUGGGUUUAUGUUAAUUGCUCUUGGUUCCUUCAAUUUUUGGGUAGAACCCGUGAGUUUCUUCCCUGCACUGCCGCCGGCUUCUUCCCCCUGCUAGGUCCGCUUCUUGCUGGAAAAUUCUGGUUUCCGAUCGUUCUGUCAGUUAGUGCGUGAAUUGAAUGCUCGGUUUAUGCGAGUGAGGUAAGUAAAUUUAUGAGUAAAUUUUAAAGAUUUGAUCUUCAGAUUUUGAUGGUAUCAGAUUGUGGUGUGAUAAGUUCCGAGCCUUGUGCACUUGUUGGACUCGUCUCACGGGUGUACGGCGUCUGUCGCACCUCGAAUUUGGGUUUUGGGGCAUGACAACUUUAAAUGCUAGGACCUUGUGAAAUUGUUAAAAUAUCCUUAAUUAAUCUUUUUUAUGUGUAGAUUCAUUAAAGGUAAUUUAUGGUAUGUUUGGGAUUACUGUGAAGUGCUAUGGCAGUAACUGUGAUUGUG